AUGAAGUAUUGCAGGAUGUCACCCCCAACUUUUGCUGACCUUGGAAAAUCUGCAAGAGACCUCUUCACUAAGGGAUACAAUCAUGGUUUUCUGAAGGUCGAUGCAACAACAAAGGCUGGUGACAAUAAAGAAGUAGAGUUCAAGACAUCGGCUGCACACAAUCUUGGAUCUGGAAAACUUGGAGGGAACUUGGAUGUGAAGUAUAAGAUUCCUUCUUAUGGUAUUACUUUGUUCCUUCUUAUGUUCGGUCUUACGCUUAUCGAGAAAUGGAAUACCGAGAAUCAACUGGGAACAAUUAUCGAGGUUAACGAACAGUUUGGACGUGGACUUAAACUUAUUUUUGAUUCGCUUUACGCUCCUCAUGCUGGUAAAAGAACUGGAAAGUUAAAACUUGACUGGGCUGGUCAGACUGCAAGGAUCACUGCUGAAUUAGGCCUCACCGCAUCUCCUGUUAUCAAUGCUGCUGGCGUGUUUAGUCGCGAUGGAUGGUUAUUUGGUGCUGCUGCUACCUUUGAGACUGCGACUAACAAGGUGGCAACCACUUCUCUGGCCUUCGGCCAUCAGACGAGUAGUUACACUCUCCACUCCUUUGUCGUGAAUUCGAAUGACUUCGGAGCGUCGCUAUUCCAUAAGGUCGCACCCAAUGUCGAAGUCGGAACAAUGCUUGGAUGGAAGGUUGGAGGUAGCGGAGUUGAAUUUGGUCUCGCUUCAAAAUAUUGUCCUACGAAGGAUCUGGUGCUUCGUGGAAAACUAAACAAUAGUAGCCAGGUUGCUUUGGCUUUGACAAAUAAUCUUGCUCCCGAACUGAAGAUUACGCUAUCUAGUCAAUUCAAUUUAACCUCGAAUGACAAUCACAAGUUCGGUCUUGGCUUGGAAUAUGAUCCACUGUAG